UUUUUGAGAGUUCCUUCUAAAUUUUCCAAUCUUUAUUUAUUUGGAAUUUUUUUUUCUAAAUUUUUACGUGUACCGGAUAUAAUUAUAACAAGAAAAAUGAGGGAAGUUAUUUCACUUCAUAUCGGACAGGCUGGAGUGCAAAUAGGAGGAGCUCUUUGGGAACUCUAUUGCGCUGAGCACGGCAUAGAACCGAACGGUGAACUCGAAAAAGAAAAGGAACAUUCCAUGGGGCUCGGUUCAUUCUUCAGAAGCCUCCCAAAUGGAAAAUUCACUCCCCGGACUAUUUUUGCCGACCUUGAACCCACUGUGAUCGACGAGCUCAAAACUGGAAAGUACAAGAAUCUCUAUAGCAACUCGUUUAUUGAAGGUGACGAGGAUGCGGCAAAUAAUUAUGCCAGAGGUUAUUACACAGUAGGAAGGCAAUCGGUUCAAAAGACAAUGGAAGCAAUUAGGGACAAAAUUGCUGGUUGUGAGCAGUGCCAAGGAUUUAUGAUUUAUCAUUCACUCGGUGGUGGCACUGGAUCCGGAUUUGUAGCUAGCCUUUUAGAGGAAAUUGUAACCGAUUACCCAAAACACGGCCUUCUCGAAAUUGCCAUAUAUCCUUCACCGACAAUGUCAACAGCUGUUGUCGAACCGUAUAACACAAUUUUGAGUACACAUUGCACGAUGGAAACUUCUAAAUGCGUUGUCCUCACUGAUAAUGAGUCUAUGUAUAAGAUUUGCACUGAUAAAUUGGAAAUCGAUCAGCCAAAUUAUAAAAACAUAAAUGGAGUUCUCGCCCAGGCUGUUAGCGCGAUGACUACAGGGAUGCGUUUUGAGGGCGACCUCAUGGCUGACUUUUUAGACUUUCAAACUAAUCUUGUUCCAUUCCCAAGGCUGCAUUUUCCUAUAGUCAGCUUAGCCCCGGUGAUCGGAAACACGGUGACGGAAAAAGAGCCUUCGACUAUCCCCGAGCUUACCGGAAAAUGUUUCGAUUCGUCGUAUAGGCUGACGAACUGUGACAACGAAUGGGGAAAAUACAUAUCGUGCUGUUUGAUGUAUAGAGGGGAUGUGACACCGAAAGACAUAAACGAAUCGUUAGCGUCAAUAAAAUCCCGAAAGAACAUAAAUUUCGUCGAGUGGUGCCCGACUGGGUUCAAAGUCAGCAUCAAUUCUCAGGCACCGGCGUCGCUCGACGGAGAUGAGUCUUGCAGGGUGAAAAGGUCGGUUUGUAUGCUCUGUAAUAACACAUCCAUCAAGGAUUCAUGGCAAUCGCUUGUGAGGAAAUACGACGCUAUGACAGCAAAAGGGGCGUUUUACCACUGGUAUUUAGGCGAAGGGAUGGAACAAAGCGAAUUUUUUGAAGCCGGGGAAAAUAUAAAAACUCUCGUCAAAGAUUAUGAAGAGCUUCUCGUGUAGGAAUUAAAAGUAUAAAAUAGGAAAGAAAAACUCAAAAAAAUUAACAGGGCCUUGGUUGGUUCAAUAUUGAGUUGCUCAUCCUAAGGUAUGAAAAUGACAGUCCCAGUCCCCUGCUCGGUCCAACUCAAA